UUUUCUUAUAAAAUAUAAGUGAAAGUAAAGAAAAAUAAAUAAAUAUAUUUUAUUAAAAAUCACGAUUUAUAUACAAAAUUGUAAUUAUCAAGGACAAAUGACAUUCAACCAAUGAUAUCUCCACCUCUAGGUAAUACCUAAACAAUAGAUUGAUAACUAUACUCCAAAAUUCUUUUCAGAAUGAACGCGUUUAAGAAGUGGCAGACUUUGUAUAUCCCCAGACGUUUAAUUGUACUUGGUCUCUGUGCUCUCGCUAUUUUAAUUAAUUAUGCAGAUCGAUCUAAUAUAGCUGUUGCCAUUGUUUAUAUGGCCAAAGAAUUUGGCUGGUCUUCCACGACUCAGGGACUAGUGUUAUCUUCAUUCUUCGUAGGUUACUUAACAACUCAAGUUUUGGGAGGAGCGCUUGCGGAUAAGUUCGGCGGUAAAUGGGUGCUUGGAGUGGAUAAAAAAUAAACUCGAUAAACGGAACCUAUCCUUUUUUUAUCGGCA